AUGUCCGGGCGCGGGAAGGUCGGCGGGUCGCCGGGGCGCGCCAAGGCGCAGUCGCGCUCGUCGCGGGCCGGCCUGCACUUCCCGGUGGGGCGCGUGCACCGGCUGCUGCGGCGCGGCCGCUACGCGGAGCGGGUGGGGGCCGGCGCGCCCGUCUACCUGGCGGCGGUGCUGGAGUACCUGACCGCCGAGAUCCUGGAGCUGGCCGGCAACGCGGCGCGCGACCACCGCAAGGCGCGCAUCGUGCCCCGCCACGUCCAGCUGGCCGUGCGCAACGACGAGGAGCUGGGCCGCCUGCUGGGCCGCGUCACCAUCGCGCAGGGCGGCGUCCUGCCCCACAUCCCCGCCGCCCUCCUGCCGCGCAAGGCCGCCGCCGCCGCCAAGAAGCUGCCGGACCAGGCGUCGCAGGAGUACUAGCCCGCCCGCCC